UCCGCCACUACUGUAGUGACAUACUGAUGCUCACGAAAAACAACUUGCUAGCCCUUUUACACACAGGAAAACAAUACUUAUAUUUAAACUAACUUGUCCCAUGGCUUAAAAUCCCUUAUAUCGGACAACGCAGCUGUGAACGAAAAUACACACCGUUGAGUGCUGCUUAGGACGGUCCAGAGUUGACUUAGCUACAGUUGUGGAUGCAUGACGAGAAUCUGAAAGAUGACGACUGAGACCCACGUCAAGGACAUCAAGCCAGGACUCAAGAAUCUCAACGUUAUCUUCAUCGUACUGGAAACAGGACGAGUGACAAAGACAAAGGAUGGGCAUGAGGUGCGGACCUGUAAGGUGGCCGACAAGACAGGCAGCAUCAGCAUCUCUGUUUGGGAUGAGGUGGGGGGACUGAUCCAAACCGGUGACAUCAUCAGACUCACUAAGGGAUAUGCAUCUGUGUUCAAAGGUUGCCUGACUCUGUACACGGGCAGAGGUGGAGAGCUGUUGAAGAUUGGAGAGUUCUGCAUGGUGUACUCCGAGGUGCCAAACUUCAGUGAGCCUAACCCAGAGUACUCUAACAUGGAUCAGAUGAAAAACAAGACGGUACUCAGUGACCAAGGAAACAUACUGAACAAUAACAUCUCAUCUGGAGGCUCAGCUGGAAAUGACACUACCAAUGGGAACGGUGUAAAUUCACAAGGUUCCGGGAGCUCGACUAACCCUCAGCAGGGAGGGCGGGCUGGAAGUGGUGUCAGCAGCAGAGCAACCAAUCCAGGAGCAGGAGGGACCACUGUCAAUGGAAAGGAGACCAGACGUUCUGCCAAAAGAUGAUAAGAGCAGAGGGAAGCAAAGUCCAUCCCACGCCAGCAAUUUCUAACUGAGACUACCACUGAAGACUCAUGUUUCUUUUACAACAAACUGUGUAAUCAGUCUUUAUAUUUUUAUAUUUGUGUAUUUAGUUUUUUGUUGUUGAAAUUACCAUGACCAUUACAUUUCAUUUACUUGUCUUUGUAAAGUGGGUUAAGAAAUAGUAUCUUAAUUAGGUUUGUUUAAGGAACACUGUUCACAAAAGAUUAUGUAACAAGUUUCCCUUUAACAAUUUUACAAUUAAGCUGUUUAAUGGGAAGCCAUGUGUUUUUCAAAGUUAGACAGGCAGGGAUGUUACCUUCCCUUUGUUUAAAAUGUGAUACUCUUUUUUUAAAUAAAUCAAAUGUGUUUUGCUUUCAUUUUGUGCACGCAAUGUUAAUGUUUUCCCAUGAGAUGUCUAAAAUAUAAAAUUACUCAACUAA